GCUAAACAGAGCAUCUUGAAUGAAGCAGGUCUGGCCCUGACUCGAAUGCACUCCGCCCGCUCUGUCAACAAAACAACAACAUGACGACCAACGAGACGUGGAAAUCCUUUGAGCCAGACAGCUAUUAUAGGAGCUUCCUGGAUAAGAAGAAGCGGCCAGAUGGACGAGGUCUGACAGAUUCUCGCAGUAUCAUGAUCCGAGUGGGAACAGUCACUACUGCUGAGGGCUCCUCCACAGUCCGUAUGGGUCAUACUACAGUCAUGUGUGGCAUCAAGGCUGAAAUAGCAACACCAGCCCUUCGACAGCCAGAUCAGGGAUUAAUUGUCCCUAAUGUUGAGUUAUAUGCUUGUUGCUCACCUAUGUUUAAGGCUGGUCCACCGGGAGAAAAAGCUAUCAGUACAAGUCAGUUUCUAAAGAACGUGAUAAUAAGUUCUGGGAUGUUGGACCUAACAGAAUUGUGCAUUGUGAAUAAUAAGUAUGUGUGGUGCUUGUUCUGUGACAUAGUCUGCCUCAAUUAUGAUGGGAAUCUGACUGAUGCUGCUUUGGUAGCCCUGGUUGCAGCCUUGCAGAACCUCCGCCUGCCAGCCACCAGCUUUGACCCUGAUGACCAGAAACUGCAAGUGCAGUCACUUAGGACUGUCAAAGUCAAUGUCAAGGCAUUUCCUGUUGCUUCGACCUUCACUAUAUACAGUGAGGAUAUUCAG